AUGCGCCUAUAUAUGUCAUUGUCACACCUCAGCUCAGCUCCCAAAGCCUAUUCGACUCAAGAAUCUUUCAUCAAACUUUUCUCUCACGCAUCCAUGGUCAACAAGGAAGUUCAGGACAAACUCGCGGCCUUUGUCGCCGAGAGAGACUGGGCACAGUUCCACACCCAAGAGAACCUCGCCAAAAGCGUCGCGAUAGAAGCCGGCGAGCUUCUGGAGUGUUUCCAGUGGAGCGCCGAACCUGACCCAAAACGGGUACAAGAAGAACUCGCCGACGUCCUGACCUAUUGUCUUCUUCUCUCCGCAAAGAUUGGGCUUGAUCCAGACAAGAUUGUGCUGGACAAGCUUGAGAUCACCAAGAAGAAAUAUCCCCUUGAUUUCUCCAGAGAUGCUGUCUCGACGUGGAGAGCUGAUGAUGAGAGACAUAGCAAUUGGCCUAUUGUUUAUGUAUUGGACGAUGGCCGCCGGGCAAGAUCGAAUCAGCUGAGGGAUAUCUACGUCGGGGAGUCGCUCAAUGCCGCUGGUAGACUGCGACAGCACCUAGAUACGCCCGCAAAGCAACACCUCAAGAACAUCCACGUCAUCUUCGAUGAGAGGUUCAACAAGUCAGCUUGUCUGGAUUUGGAAUCCUAUCUCAUCAAGAUGCUGGCCGGCGACGGUGCCAAUCGUGUACUCAAUCGAAAUAAUGGCAUCACUGAAUCCAGAUACUUCCAACGCGAAAUGUAUCGUGAAAGCUUUCCCUACAUAUUUCAACGACUGCGUGCCCUUGGCGUCUUCACUCGUGGAUCUCAUGAGAUCGAAAAUAGUGAUUUGUUCAAGCUAUCACCGUUCAAGGCCCUUACGGCUGAUCAAGCAGCUUCGAUCAACGAGAUUGUCAGAGGGCUUCUUGCUGAUCUCGAGAGCGGUGUCGAUAGCACGAUCGUCAUCCAGGGCGAUCCCGGCACCGGCAAGACUGUCGCAGCCAUAUACUUGAUGAAGCUGAUCGUCGACCUCCAAACUUUUACUACUCUCGAAGAUUUAGACAGCGAUGCGCGAUUUGCUUCUUUCUUCAUUGACGCUAAUCGGGGACUACUCCAAGGUCUUCGGGUGGGUUUGGUUGUACCACAGCAAUCGCUGCGAUCAUCUAUCAAAGCUGUAUUCAAGAAAACACCCGGACUCCAUCCUUCAAUGGUCAUGACGCCUUUUGAAGUUGGAGAGGCCGAUGGCAUGUUCAGUCUGCUGCUCGUCGACGAAACGCAUCGUCUGAGCCAACGUGCCAACCAACCUUCAGGAGUGCUCAAUGCAAAGUUUUCAGCCAUCACAAGGGCACUAUAUGGAGGUGAUGACUUUGGCAAGACUCAACUGGACUGGAUACGGGCCAAAAGCCGGCAUCAGAUCUUCCUACUGGACGCAGCACAGAGUGUGCGCCCUGCAGACCUACCUUCGGAGGUGUUGUCAGACCUCGUGGCUGAUGCAAGAGCUUCAAGACGGCACUUUCAGCUUCAAACACAGAUGCGCGUACGGGCCGGGUCAGACUUUGUAUCCUAUGUCCGCUGGAUCCUCGAUCCUCGUCCCCUCUCGCUCCCGCGUGUGCGACGUGACUUUGGAGAUUACGACUUCCGCACCUUCGACAGUGUGGCGCGCAUGCGCGAUGAGAUCUUCCAGCGCGACGCAGAAGUCGGUCUUGCACGUAUAGUCGCCGGGUACGCAUGGGAGUGGCGGUCAAAGCGAGACAAGACAGCCUUCGACAUCAUGAUCGGCGACACACAGCUUCGCUGGAACAGCACCCCCACCGAUUGGAUCUCGUCCAGCAACGCGCUCGAGGAGGUUGGCUCCAUCCACACGGUGCAGGGGUACGAUCUGAACUAUGUUGGCGUUAUCAUCGGGUUGGAUCUGCGAUUUGACACGGUACGGAAGCGCCUGUGGGUCGAUCGCAAGUCGUACUUUGACAAGAAGGGUAAAGAGAAUAACCCCGCGCUCGGGAGGACAUAUUCGGACGAUGACUUACUGCGGUUUAUUACGCAGAUAUACGCGGUGCUUAUGACACGUGGCAUCAGGGGGACUUCUGAACUGAACGACACUGGUAUCAUGCACCCAAUUGAGGAACUGUUCCUUGAUAUCUCCAUUCAUGAGGUACUCACUCAGACAAUGGUGACUUUUGUCGAGCCAUGGAAGACCAUAUACAUCAAUUCAAUCCGCGAGCAGCGAUAUGGCGACGCCAUCUGGGCUCGUUACUGCAUAGAGGGAGGGGUAGAAAAUGGUGUCAUCCUUGGUCAAGGCCCUAAUCCCGACAUCACGGUGCUUGAUCAAAUCAGGGAAGAUGCAGUUGAGGCGAAAGAGAAUGAACCAGGACUGUAUGCAGACGCCUUAGAGCUCUACCGACAAGCUAGCAGUGAAGAUGGGCACCCAGAAGUCCUCAAGAUCAUUUUUGACACUGAUGGAAUGGAGGCUCAAGACUGA